CAGGUCCUUCAACUCAGUCGGUCCGGCCCCUCUCGGUCCCUCCCAACCCCCACAACCACCCUCGACUCGGAGGAGAAGCGGCCCCGGCGGCGGCAGCAGCUACAGCAUCAUCUCCAACCCGCCAGCCAUGGAAGACAUGGACCAGUCGCCUCUGAUCUCCUCGUCCUCGGACAACCCGCCUCGGCCGCAGCCCCAGUUCAAGUACCAGUUCGUGAGGGAGCCCGAGGACGAGGAGGAAGAGGAGGACGAAGACGACGAUGAGGACGAGGAUCUGGAAGAGCUGGAGGUUCUGGAGAGGAAGCCGGCCGCCGGACUGUCGGCGGCUCCGGUGUCCGCUGCCCCCGCAGCCGGCGCGCCCCUGCUGGACUUCGGAAAUGACUUCGUGCCCCCAGCGCCCCGGGGGCCUCUGCCGGCGGCGCCCUCCGCCGCCCUGGAGCGGCAGUCGGUCUGGGACUCGAGUCCGGCGUCGUCGACGGUGCUCUCGCCGUCCCUGCCAUCCGCUGCCGCAACCUCACCCUCCACGCUCCCCGAGGACGACGAGCCCCCGGCCCGGCCUCCACCUCCUCCCCCGGCCGGCGUGAGCCCCCAGGCUGAGCCCGCGUGGACCCCGUCCGUCCCGGCUCCCGCCGCGCCCCCCUCCACCCCGGCCGCGCCCAAGCGCAGGGGCUCCUCGGGCUCUGUGGAUGAGACACUCUUUGCUCUUCCUGCUGCAUCUGAGCCUGUGAUGCACUCCUCUGCAGAAAAAUGUAUGGACUUGAAGGAGCAGCCAGGUAACACUGUUUCGGCUGGCCAAGAGGAUUUCCCAUCUGUUCUGCUUGAAACUGCUGCUUCUCUUCCUUCUCUGUCUCCUCUCUCAGCUGCUUCUUUUAAAGAACACGAAUAUCUUGAUAAUUUAUCAACAGUAAUACCCACCAAAGAAACACUUCAAGAAACUUCAAAUGCAGCUUCUAAAGAGUUGUUAGAGAAGUCAAAAAACCCAUUUUUAGAUAGAGAUUUAACAGAGUUUUCAGAAUUGGAAUAUUCACAGAUGGGAUCAUCAUUUAGUGGCUCUCCAAAAGCAGAGUCUGCCAUCAAAGUAACAGACCCAAGGGCAGAAGUAAUUGUGAAGAAUAAAGAUGAAGAAGAGAAUUUAGUUAGUAAUAACAUCCUUCAUAAUCAACAAGAGCUACCUGGAGCUAUCACUGAAUCAGUUAAAGAGGACAGAGUUCUUUCUCCAGAUAAUACAAAGGAUAGUGAUGAAAAAGGAAUUUCAGUAGGAUUUCAGGGAACUCCUAUGAGGGAAGAAUAUGCAGAUUUCAAACCAUUUGAGCGAGUGUGGGAAGUAAAAGAUACUUGUAAUGAAGAUAGUGGUUUGGUGGCUUCUGGGAAUAAGAGAGAGAGCAAGAUGGAAAGUAAAAUGACUAAGAAAUAUUUUACAGAUAGCCUUGAACAAAUAAAUCAUGAAAAAGACAGUGAAAGCAGUAAUGAUGAUGCUUCUUUCCCCAGUACACCUGAAGCUAUUAAAGGUGGCUCAGAGGCAUAUAUCACAUGUGCUCCUUUUAACCCAGCAGCAACCAAGAGCACUGCAAUAAAUGUGUUUCCUUUGUCAGAAGAUAACACUUUAGAAAAUAAGACAGAUGAAAAGAAAAUAGAAGAAAAAAAGGCCCAAAUUGUGACAGCAAAGAACACUAACAUCAAAACGUCGAAUCCUUUCUUUGUAGCAACUCAGGAUUCUGAGACAGACUAUGUCACAACAGAUAACUUGUCAAAGGUGACAGAAGAAGCAGUGACAAAUAUGCCUGAAGGUCUAACCCCAGAUUUAGUACAGGAAGCAUGUGAAAGUGAACUGAAUGAAGCUACGAGUACAAAAAUUGCUUAUGAAACAAAAAUGGACUUGGUCCAGACAUCAGAAGCUGUACAGGAGUCACUGUACCCUGCAACACAGCUUUGCCCGUCGUUUGAGGAAGCUGAAGCUACUCCUUCUCCUGUUUUGCCUGACAUUGUUAUGGAAGCACCAUUAAGUUCUAUAGUUUCUGGUGCUGGGACUUGUGCAGUCCAGCUCAGUUCAUCACCAUUAGAAGCUCCUCAUUCAGUGACUUACGAAAAUGUAAAACCUGAGUCUGAAAAUCCCCCACCAUAUGAAGAGGCCAUGAAUGUCUCACUGAAAAAGACAUCUGGAGUAAAGGAUGAAGUCGAAGAGCCUGAAAGUCCCAGUGCAGCUUCUCAAGAAACAGAAGCGCCUUACAUAUCUAUUGCUUGUGAUUUAAUUAAGGGAACAAAGCUCUCUACUGAACCAACUUCUAAUUUUACUAAUUAUUCAGAAAUCGCAAAAAGUGCACAGCCAGUGCCCGAUCAUUCUGAGCUAGUUGAAGAUUCCUCACCUGAUUCUGAGCCCGUUGACUUAUUUAGUGAUGAUUCGAUACCUGAAGUUCCUGAAAAGCAAGAUGAAGCUAUGGUGCUUGUGAAAGACUAUCUCACCGAAACGUCAUGUGCACCAAUGAUAGAGCAUGAAAAUAAGGGAAAACUUACUGCUUCACCACAAGAGGGGGUAAAGCCAUAUUUAGAAUCUUUUCAGCCCAAUUUAGAGUCUUCAAAAGAUACAUUAGCACCUGAUGAAGGUUCAGCAUUGACCAAAAAGGAGAAAAUUCCUUUGCAGAUGGAGGAGCUCAAUACUACAGUUUAUUCAAAUGAUGGCUUAUUUAUUUCUAAGGAAAUGCAAGUAAGAGAAAGUGAAACAUUUUCAGAUUCAUCUCCCAUUGAGAUUAUAGAUGAGUUCCCUACCUUUUCCGGUUCUAAAACUGAUUUUUCUCCUCAAUUGGCAAGAGAGUAUACUGACCUAGAAAGAUUGUGCAAAAGUGAAAUUGCUGAUGUCCAGGAUAGAGCUGGGUCAUUGCCUUGCUCAGAAUUACCCCAUGACCUUUCUCUCAAGAAUAUACAGCCUAAAGGUGAAGAUAAAAUCCAUGUCUCAGAUGAAUUUGCCAAAGACAGGUCUGAUAUAUCAAAGGUACCCUUACUGCCUCCAGCUGUUUCUGCUUUGGCCACUCAACCAGAGAUAGGCAGUGUAGUCAAACCCAAAGUUCUUGUGAAAGAAGCUGAGAAAAAAAUUUCUUCUGAUACAGAAAAAAAGAACAGAUCACCAUCUGCUAUAUUUUCAGCAGAGCUGAGUAAAACUUCAGUGGUUGACCUCCUCUACUGGAGAGACAUAAAGAAGACUGGAGUGGUGUUUGGUGCCAGCUUAUUCCUGCUGCUUUCCUUGACAGUAUUCAGCAUUGUGAGUGUAACGGCCUACAUUGCAUUGGCCCUGCUCUCUGUGACUAUCAGCUUUAGGAUAUAUAAGGGUGUGAUCCAAGCUAUCCAGAAAUCAGAUGAAGGCCACCCAUUCAGGGCAUACUUGGAAUCUGAAGUCGCCAUAUCUGAGGAGUUGGUUCAGAAAUACAGUAAUUCUGCUUUUGGCCAUGUGAACUGCACAAUAAAAGAACUCAGACGUCUCUUCUUAGUUGAUGACUUAGUUGAUUCUCUGAAGUUUGCAGUGUUGAUGUGGGUGUUUACCUAUGUUGGUGCCUUGUUCAAUGGACUUACACUACUGAUUUUGGCCCUGAUUUCACUAUUCAGUGUUCCUGUUAUUUAUGAACGGCAUCAGACUCAGAUAGAUCAUUAUCUAGCACUCGUGAAUAAGAAUGUUAAAGAUGCUAUGGCUAAGAUCCAAGCGAAAAUCCCUGGAUUGAAGCGCAAAGCUGAAUGAAAAGUCCAGAAUAAUUAACAAUACGAAUUCAUCUUUAAAGGGGAUAUUCAUUUGUCACAUGGGGGAGGGCCAGGGAAGACUGCACCCUUGACAUUGCAGUGCAGUUUCACAGAUCUUUAUUUUCAGCAAUGCAGUGUUUGAGGAAAAAUUGUCUUGACUGCCCUGUGUUCAUCAUCUAAGGUAUUGUACGCUGCUCUGUAUGGAUUUAAACCGUGAUUAUAUUUGUUUUUCUUGUGUGAGGCACUGGUGAAAGAGCUGAGGAGGCUGUAUAUUAUUACACUUUGUCACAGGUAGUCUUGCUGUGUUUGGAGAAGUCGCAGAGAAGGUGGA